AUGUGGCAAGAAUUCAAGACUCCUGCAGGCAUAAGAUACUACUAUAACAAGAAGACGAAGCAAUCUCAAUGGGAAAAUCCCGAUUUCAAGAUUUUCUCUGACCAGGAGAACGUUGAGAAAGCGCUUCGGAUGGAGAGAAAGCCCACGUUUUCGUUGGAACUGAUAGAUGCUUGGCACCUGGUGAUAUGCAAUGAUGGUACAAAGUUUUACUACAACAGCGACUCCAAGGUUUUCAAAAAUGAGAUCAGCCAAGAGAGCGACUCCCAGUGUUCAGCAUUGGUUGAAUCACUGGACAAGGAGAAACUGGUUCUCUUGAUUGGUGUCGCUAGGGGCUAUGACAUGCGAGAUGAGGACGUCGACAAGAUCUUUGAAUCCUUAAACGAAGAGAUUAACCUAUUCAAAAAAAACCAAAAUGAAGCGGGAAGAGUUGACGAGGCAAACGAAGAGCCGGGUGACGUAAAUCCUCCAUUGAAGGAACACCACACCGGGCUAAUCAGUGGGUAUGGCUCAUCCUCAGAGGAGGAGGAGGAGGAGGAGGAGGAGGAGGAGGAGGACGAUGGGGAACAAGAUUUGAACAAAGAUGCAACCAUAAUCGAUGAUCUAAACCAGAUCGAUACAGGCGAUGCGGACGAGCGCGGUCUAUUUUUCCGGUUAUUCGAUAGGUACGAACUGGAUAAGUUCUCCACGUGGUCAUUGCAGAGCAAGAAAAUCGAAAACGAUCCCGAUUUUUACACAAUUGGAGACGACGCGGUCCGAGAAGGCUUUUUCGAAGAGUGGUGUGGCCACGAGCAUAGCGACAGUGCUGCCGCCGAGGCAAGUGGCAGCGAAGACGUUGGCGAUGUACUGGAGCCAACAAAAUACCACUAUCUGGCACAGAUCCUUGCCAAAGCGGGAACAAUCCCCCCCGACGCCGUCCCGCAAGAUAUCAGGAAACAGCAAAAGGAGCUAUACAAGGCGUACAGAAUCAAGGAGUACGUGCCAUCAAAGCGGGAGCAAGACAAGUUUGUGUCGCAGCUGUUGUUCUACUACAAGACGUUCAGUUUGGAACAACGAAAGGAAAUCUUCCAGGAUUGUUUACGGGACCACGAGCGAGACUUUGCAGGCGCGGUCAAGUCUAUUCGCCGAGAAAGUGGGCUCAUCAGUCAAUGGCAGGCGGUCUUGGAAGCACCCGCCGAUGGCGCCAGUGUAGAAGAGGUGCUGUUGAAUAUCGAGUAUCGGUGUAACAUAGUGGUGGCGGCGGACCCGCGAUACUACGUAGUCGGCAUCUUAGACAAAACUAUGGUCUGGGUGCGGUGGCUAGCCGCCGAGGGUGAGCCAUCCGGCCGGUUUACCCCAGCGGGCGCGGGGAGUCGUCCGAUAAGUCCGGAGUGA